CUAGUGGAAGUGUUAAAGACGUCUUUGUUGGAGCCAGAAAUGGACAAUACAGGCUUUUAAAAAUAAUCAUUGACAAUGAGCAGCUUGUUGUGGGAUCCUCUAGACGGCCAGUUGGAUCAUGGGAAAAGGAUUAUGAUUCCUUUGUCCUUCCCCUUCUUGAAGACAAGCAACCAUGUUACAUAUUAUACAGAUUAGACUCUCAGAAUGCUCAAGGAUAUGAAUGGAUCUUCAUUGCAUGGUCACCUGAUUACUCUCCUGUUCGUCAAAAAAUGUUAUAUGCAGCAACCCGAGCAACACUUAAGAAGGAAUUUGGAGGUGGCCAUAUUAAGGAUGAAGUAUUUGGAACAGUACAGGAUGAUGUUUCACUGAGUGGUUAUAAAAAAUAUUUGAUAUCACAGUCCUCCCCUGCACCUCUGACUGCAGCAGAAGAGGAGCUUCGACAAAUUAAGAUUAACGAGGUACAGGCAGAUGUUGGUGUAGAUACCAAGCAUCAGACAUUGCAAGGAGUAGCAUUCCCCAUUGCUAAAGAAGCCAUUCAGGCCUUGGAGAAAUUGAAGCAUAGGAAACUCAAUUAUGUACAACUGCAAAUUGAUAUGAAAAAUGAAACUAUUAUUUUGGCCAACACACUUGAUACUGAACUUAAGGACUUGCCAAAAAGAAUUCCAAAGGAUGCUGCACGUUACCACUUUUUCCUGUAUAAGCACACCCAUGAAGGAGACUAUUUGGAAUCAAUAGUUUUCAUCUACUCUAUGCCAGGGUAUACCUGUAGUAUACGAGAACGAAUGCUCUACUCUAGUUGUAAAAGUCCACUGUUAGAAAUCGUAGAGAGUCAGUUGUGGAUGCAGAUAAUUAGAAAGAUUGAAAUAGAUAAUGGUGAUGAGUUAACUGCUGACUUUCUUUAUGAAGAGGUUCAUCCAAAACAACAUGCUUACAAACAGAGUUUUGCUAAACCAAAAGGGCCUGCAGGGAAGAGGGGAAUACGAAGACUGAUCAGAGGUCCAGCAGAGACUGAAACACCUAGUGAUUAGAAACUCUUGUUUGUAUGUGUUAUAAAGUAUUACAGUAAGGAACAAAAUUCCAGCAUUUGGUAAUGAACUGAAAUCAUUCCAUUCAUAGAUGCUA